CGUAAAGCGGCGCUCUCCGGGUUUCCCAGGCGGAGAAGAUGGCGGCUCCUGGACCGGGGGAGUACUUCAGCGUGGGCAGCAGCGUCUCCUGCCUCACCUGCCUGGGCCAGCGCCUGCAGGGAGAGGUGGUGGCCUUCGACUACCAGACCAAGAUGUUAACUCUGAAAUGUGCUUCCUCCAGCGGCAAGCCCAACCUCAACGACGUCAUCCUGGUGAACUUAGCCUACGUUUCAGAGGUGAAUAUUGUUAAUGACCGCACUGAGACUCCACCUCCUCUAGCAUCUUUGAAUGUGAGCAAGCUUGCCAAUCGGGCGAGGACGGAAAAGGAAGACAAGUUAUCCCAAGCCUAUGCAAUCAGCGCUGGGGUUUCAGUCGAGGGCCAGCAACUAUUCCAGACUAUACAUAAAACCAUCAAAGACUGUAAAUGGCAGGAGAAGAACAUUAUUGUGAUGGAUGACGUCGUAAUCUCGCCGCCGUAUCAGGUGGAGAACUGCAAAGGCAAAGAGGGAAGCGCUUUAAGUCAUAUACGCAAAAUUGUCGAGAAACAUUUUAGAGAUGUGGAAACUCAGAAGUCGAUGCAGCGUUCACAAGCACAGCAAACACAGAAGGACUCGUCGUUAUCCUCCUGAGGCGGGCGCGGCGGGCGUGGAUCGCCCGGAGAGGGCCCCGCGGGCAUCAGCGCCCCGAGAGCCGGGCCAGAACGGCGCUCCUCUCUCUCCUCCUCCUCCCCUUCAACGCCGCAGUCAGAGGGCGGCGGUACCAAGACCCCAGGGUCUUCAAGAUCAAACAAAAACAAAUGAAAAACUAAAAAAAAAAAGAUAAAUCAGAAAAAGUGAGGGUGGAAAGAGUUAAUUCUAAAUUAGAUUUAUAAAGAUAAUUUAAAAUACCAACUAUUAAGCAACCCAUAGUUUUCCUGACUAACUUCCAGCAUCUUAUUCCCUCUCUUUCUCCCUGUGCUCUCUCUCUUCCCUCUUCUCCCUCCUUCUCUCCUUUUCUUUUCUUCUUCUCCCCCCUCCUUCAUUUUCAUCCUUCAAUUCCAUUUUGUCAAAAAAGGAAAAAACAGAGCAGUCAGAGAAGCUUGUUAGCUUUUUUUCUUCCCCCAGAUUUUCCUUUUUUGCUGUCUUCAUGUUCUACAUGUGUCUGUAUUUUCUGUAUUUUAAACAAAACAAAUGUGACUUGAAAUGCCACACUUUAAAAAAAAACGGACAUUUUCUAAAAUAAAAGUAACAAAAAUUCUGACUGUAA